CUGGCGGUGAAAACCAAAGCUUUGCUACCUGCUACUAGCGCCUAGCGGAAAAGGCAGAACUGUAAAGCAGCAGACGUUAAUGGCGGACUGACUAGUGACUAGUACUACUGGAGGAGUGCGAUAGAGUGACAGAAACAGCAAACGCAAAGACUGUUGUUCUCCCUCGCUGUAGCACGAUGAAAUGGUACUUCGUCGCCGUGCUUCUCACCGUUCUAACUAGCUCUCAGGGAAUCUUGACUACUCUGUCUCAAACUAAGGGAAGCUAUCUCUAUGAUUAUGCAACCGUUCCAUUUCUAGCAGAAUUAUUCAAGCUGCUGGUAUCUGGUUUACUUCUGUGGCGAGAAUUUCGGGUAACGCCGUCGAUGCGAAUAACCACUGAAUGGAAGACUGUGCGGUUGUAUCCAAUCCCGUCCAUCAUAUACCUGAUUCAUAACAAUGUUCAGUUUGCUACACUCACUUAUGUAGACACCUCCACGUAUCAGAUAAUGGGCAAUUUGAAGAUUGUCACCACUGGGAUAUUAUUCAGGUUGUUCCUUAAGAGGAAACUGUCUAAUCUCCAAUGGAUGGCAAUUAUUCUGUUGGCUGUUGGAACAACCACUAGCCAGGUUAAGGGUUGUGGAGCAGCUUCCUGCGAAUCUCUGUUUUCAGCUCCAAUUCCAGGUUACAUGCUGGGUGCUCUCUCUGCUUGCCUCUCAGCGUUGGCUGGUGUUUACACAGAGUUCCUAAUGAAGAAGAACAAUGACAGCUUGUACUGGCAGAAUGUGCAAUUGUAUACGUUUGGAGUGUUAUUCAACAUGGCAAAGCUUAUAGUAGAUGAUUUCCAAAGUGGAUUUGAAAAGGGGCCUUGGUGGCAGCGUCUCUUUAAUGGAUACAGCAUAACCACGUUUCUGGUUGUUUUGAAUCUUGGCUCGACUGGUUUGUUGGUUUCAUGGUUGAUGAAGUAUGCUGAUAAUAUUGUGAAGGUAUAUUCCACAUCCAUGGCAAUGCUGCUGACGAUGGUUUUAUCAGUAGUCCUGUUUUCGUUCAAGCCUACUCUUCAGCUCUUCUUAGGUAUCAUCAUAUGUAUGAUGUCACUUCACAUGUAUUUUGCCCCUCCACACGUUCUUGUGGAUUCGCCACCUAAACCCAAACCUGUUCCUGAGGAACUACAAGAAGUUUCUAUCGAUCGAAGGACCGAUUCCUGAAAGACUCUGACCUAGGUAACAACUACUGGCUUUUGUGACCAUCUCAUUUCAAGUAGCAUCCAAACCAGCGACGGUUGUUGGCACUUCAUGUUCCAUUGCGAGAUAAGAAGCAAUAUUUUUCUUCGGAACUGGUAAAGCCUCUGAAAUUUACAAGCCCAUAUUGAGAGCUUUUUUGGGGAUACGAACUGAGCAAAGCGAGGGAUUCAUCACCAACAGAGUACCAUACUAGUCUAUAUGUGGAUGAACAUUGAUGAUAUUGUCAUCAUAACUAACUGUAAUUGCUAAUGGUACAUGGCACGCCUCGUCGUUUUGCCUUCCAUUCUUUGCUGCGAAUUAGUCGAAAGAAAGUGUACAGUGAGUUGUGAAGGAAAACCAAGGAAUGUAACACGAAAUUUUAUUUGUGCUCUCCAUUUUCAGCUGCCUGACUGUCCUUGUUGUUCUGAUUAAGGGCUCCCCAGAAUUGGCAGUGGCAAGACGACAACGAUUGUUUCCUUCAAGAAUGACAAUAGG